AUGGGCAAGAAGCGAGCAGGACCAAGUGCCGCUGCUGUCCAGGCACAGGGCAAGAAGAUGACCUUUGGCGACGACGACGAGGAGUUCUCCGCCGACGUCUCGCUGCCCGCUCCUACUUCCCGAACAGUCAACAAUGCAAGCGACUCGGACUCAGACUCGGAUGAUGAUGACGACGCUCCCGAGGCGGUCGGUAUGGGUGCCGGAAAGGCAGACGAGGAGGAGCGCGAAAUGGCUGCCGCCAAGAAGCGUCUGGCAGACCGUGAAGCCGCCCAGCUGCGUGCUAGCAAGAUUGCCGAGGCCAAGGCCGCUGCUGCUCUCAAGUCUGCCAAGGACAGCAAGGGAAAGAGCAAGGGCAAGGCUGUGGAGAAGGGCAAGGGCAAGGAGAAGAGGAAGCGCGCUGCUGGCGAGGAGAGCGACAACGAUGACGAGAGCCCCGAGGCAGCGCGCUUGCGGCGACGCAUGGAGGCCGCCAUGGCGGCUGGCGACGACGAAUCGGACGAGGAUGAUGACGAGGACGUCGAGGAUAACGACAAAUAUGUGGUCGACUACUAUGACGACUCGGACGGAUCGUUCCACUCUGAUUCCGAGAUUGACACGGAUGAAGACGACGAGGAUGGCGACAGCGACGACUCGGAGGAGCUGCGCGAUGACGGCCCAUUGUCCGACAAGGAGAGGAGAAUGCGUGCGCAAAUGGACGCCAUGAUGGCUGCUAUGGAGAAGCGGGCACUCGGCGACCAAGCACCUGCUGUCAAGAAGGCCAAGAAGGAGAAGGCGACAGCAGCCAAGGCUGGCAAGAAGGAAGCAGCGCAGGCUGCUGCUGGCGACUCGGAGGACGAGGACACUGCCUUUGACCUCACCCCGGGCGUGGCUCCUCUCUCCGCUGCCCUGCUUGAGGCUGCCGAGGCCGAGACUCAAGCCGCCAACACCCGCGCAAGUGCCAAGGUCAGCGAGGCUGCAGACACCAAGGCGAAGGGUGCCCGCAGGAGGAAAAAGAGGAAGACUGCAGAGGAGACUAGCAGGCAAAUUGACGACUCAACCACACUGCACCUCCUUCCUCCUGUGCUUGCCGGCUUUGACCUGCCACCUGUCGUUGCACCACGCCAAAAGGUGUUUGCGGCCAACGCAGCUCGCAAGACGUUUAUGAAGAAGGCGAUGCGUGGAAGCGGCAAGAUUCCCGGCAACAGCUCGUUGGAUGGCAGGAAGAAGGCAUAG